AUGAAGCGCCGGCGCUCGUCGGUGUCGGAGCUCCGCGGCCUGUCGCGCCUGUUCGAGCUCGACGAGCUCUUCCUCCGCGUCCUCGGCUACCUCGACGCAGAGGACCUCGCCAACGCCCAGCGCGUCAGCAAGCACUGGGCCCGGCUCGCCGUCGACCCGCAAUUAUGGAAGCGGCUCUACCUCCAACACCACCUCGCCCUCUUCCCAAGCUUCAUCUGCACGGCCAGCCCGACCUCGCCGCUCGUUCACGUGUAUGGCGUUGGCUCCGAGCCCAAACCGUUAGGCAUAGUGCCCCCGCCGCCAGGCUGGUCCUCCCCAAACAGGCCGGACAACGUCACAGCCAUCUGCGCAGAUGAGGCCGUCCAGCCGCCGGACGGAGCGGCCGAUGGUCGGCCGGUCCUCCCAGCCCGACUGGCAAUCUUCUACGCCUCCGGCGGCUUCGCCAUAGUGAAGCUUCGCUUCGACGGCCGCCUCGUGUGGACCCGCGAAAGUGUCUGGGACCGACGAACACGGCCGCGCAGAACCGGAGUGCAGGAUGAUGGCGAUCCCGUCGUCCUCGCCGCAUUCCACCAUCCCGUGCUCGUAACUUGCACGCUCUCCUUCCACGUGAGCGUGUACAUGCUCUCGCAGAGUGUGUCUCUCGUGCGAACACUGCAUUCCGACGUCGCCUUCCAUCCCGCCGCGUUAUCCCUCGCCCCCCACGGAUCGAGCUAUCGCGCCACACUGACGUACUGCACGCCCGUGUAUCCCUCCUCGUGGACGGUGAGUGUGCAGGAACUCGCGGUCGAGUUGGGCCACGGCGGAGAGGUGCGGCGGGGAGAGUGCUACCGCGUCCGCUCCGGUCGCAGCCGGAGAGCAGUGACGGAGUGGCCCCGCCGCCUCGAUCCUGUCGACGCCGUCUCCCGCGCCGUUGGGGUGGGCACGGACGGGCGCUGGGUCGUGCUCGCAGGCGAGGACAGUGUGAUCCAUGUGUUUGCCCUGCCGUCGGCAAAGGGCGGGAUAGCGCAUGCCCAGACUCUGCUCGCUCCCUCGGGUGGCGUGUCGGCGCUGGCGCUACAGAGUGGACGCUGCGUCUCUGGUGGUGCGGACGGGAAGGUCCUCGUGUGGGAGCUGGACGAUGCCGAGCCUGAAGAAGAGGACGGCGCGAGAGUCGGCCGGACGCUGGGAUACGUCGAGGUGCGUCCCGGUGGGCGGCGCAAAGUCGAGCCAGCGCCACAGGCGGCGGAGGAGGAGGAUGAGGAUGAAGACGAGUGGGAACUGCCCAAUCCCCGCAGCUUAGCGUAUGCUGCCCGAGCUUUGUUUCUCGCGACCCCGCCCGCCUCUCUCCCACCAGCCCAGCACACCGAAGGCGGCAUCAACAGUGUCACGCAAUUAGCAUUCGACGAGGAGAAGAUUGUCGGCCUCCUCACAUCUGUGGAUGAUGGGCCAAGUGCGGUCAGCGAGCGCGCUCUGCCCCCUGGUCGCACGCCACUCGUUCCCAUCCCGGAGCGCGAUCUCCUCCACACGUGUUCGCGCAGCGGCGAGCCGGCCGCAUCCUCGUGUGUCGGCUUGCGCAUCUCGACAGGCUCGGCAGAACAUACAAACACCUGCAAGUCAGCUUGGGGAACCCAUUGGGAAGCUCACAAUAUUGACCAUGUCGUCCUCCGCAAUGGGGCGGGACCAGAGGUCGUGCUUGAGGAGGGUCGACGAGCUCACCAUGACAACGACCCCGCCGGGGUUCAUGAUUGCCUUUGCGUUCUCCCAGAAUCCGACCGUGAAGAGGGCAGGAUACAGGCUGCCCGCGCUGAAGACGUCGUGCACAAUGAAGUCGUACUUCUCGUCCUGCGGUACCGGGCUCUGCUCCCUGCCCCGGGUGGCGCGCUCGGCACGCUCAGCGACAAAGGUCACGCCGUCUUGCACGCUGAUGCUCCGGAUGCCUGUCUCGUUCAGGCCAAAGUACGUCUCGGCGGCGGUUACGACGGCCGGGUCAUAUUCUGUCGUCAGCUCAGCGAAGUGCGCGGCACCGAUGCCGACACCCAGGCCGACGACGAGCACGUUGGCGUCCUCCAGAGAACGCUUGCCGUCCUGGAGCCAUCGCCCGCCGACGAGACUGUGGUCUGCGCGGAGAACGCGCAUCGUGUGUUCGGGCAGCUGGACGUCCUCGACCACAACGCGGCCAGAGACGCUCUGCUGGCUGCUGUGCACUGUAACGCCAUCCUUCGUGAAGGGGGCGAGGGGACGGUUCACGAGCGACUGGGCCGCAAUGGCGAGGGUGAGGACAGCAAUGAUGAGCGAUGCCAUGUGGAACGGCUUAGGUUCCUGCAGCGUGAGAGCCAUGGAAGCAAGUCCGAGAAGAAGCAUGCAGGCGGCGGCGAUCAGGAGCUUAGGUAUCAGCUUGGAACUAGAAGGCGAGCUUACGGUUCCCUCGGCGUCCUUUGCGAAGAAUGCCGGGACGCGAAGACCGAACUCGGCGGGAAGAAGAAGCGCCAGUCCCACAAGCGAGGGGACAAAGGAGAAGGGGCUGAAGACAAGCCAGGGGAGGAGCAUCAGCCCCGCGACGGCAGCGAGGGCUGCCCACGCUCCGACACGCCCGCCGAGCUGCGUCGAGGUCAGGAGCCCGAUGCUCCGGACCAGGAGCGAGGUGAGGGCCGUGCCGACCGCGGACCAGAUGGCGGCAUUGCGAACCCGUGGCGAGCGUCGCGGGAGAGCGUACCCGAUCACGGUGAAGAGGGCAAGGACCCAGAGUACCGGCUUUGCGUCAUCGACGAAAGCGCUGUUAUACAGCGGCGCCAGACACAGUUGGGCCAGCUUGAUGCCCAUGACGAGAACGCCCGCCGAGAGCCCGCCUGUCUGUCAGCUGGCUGGAGCAGGCAAUUCAGCUUACUCAGAGCAGCCUCCUUAGCUGCGCUCAUGCUGGAAGAUGUUGCGAUGUGA